AUUCCUGAGCCCUUAGUGCUGUUAAAAAUCAUCCUCGAUAUUGUCUAAGUUUGAAUCUGUAGGGUGCAUGUGGGAAAAGCAUGCCUGCUACCUUAUUUACCCCAAGGCAGAGGUCGUGUUACAACGAAUACCCAUACUGCCGUAGUCCUGCUAUAAGCAACAGCUCACAAGAUACUUUCUUCAUAAGUUACCUGCACGUGAGCUUAAACAUACUUGGGAGUCGUAGAAUGUUAUCCUGUUUCAUACCUACAUGUUUGUUCUGAAACCAGAAUGCCAUAGCUCCUGAAUAAAAUCGGUUUUUAGACCUAGCUUCUCUGAUUCCAUAUCUUUUCACAAGACCUUGCCUCUUCCCAAUGAUUCCUUUUAUAAUAGAUUUAUCCAUUUCCUUCUGAUGGAUGGGUAUAGUUGAGGAAUGUAAGGUCAUUUUUGUAACUUUCCAGCCAAGUUUUUCUUCCCUGUUUAUCAUUUUAGCUGCCACUGUUACCUACCACGCCUUCCUUGCCCUAGAAUAUGAGAUAAGUUGGUAAAGAUAUUCAGGCGCUAACUUGAUCUCCCGGAGACUACAUCGUGUCCUUGUGAAGGCACAGGCUUGUUCUCUGAUGCAAAGUGGACACAACGCAUAUCAGGAUGAAACCUGUCUUCAUCUUGGCCCAUAAAUAAUCUGAAAUAUCUGACUAAGGCUGGCCAACUGUAUAUGGUAUAUAUUGACAAGUUAUUUUUAUGGUUCUAUGAUUCAACAGCUUCUGACUCUCUCUUCAGAUUAAUAACCAUCUGUUUUUAAAUGGGAACAGAAAACCAGACAUGGGAGAAAGAGUUUAUUCUCCUUGGCCUAUCCAGUGACUGGGACACUCAGGUCUCUCUCUUUGUCCUGUUCUUGGUCAUGUACCUGGUGACAGUGCUGGGGAACUUGCUCAUUGUUCUUCUGAUCAGACUGGACAGCCGACUCCACACUCCCAUGUAUUUCUUUCUCACCAACCUCUCCCUUGUGGACGUCUCUUAUGCCACAAACAUCGUGCCUCAGAUGCUCGUGCACCUGCUUGCAAAACACAAACGAAUCCCGUUCGUGAGCUGUGCAGCCCAGCUGUUUUUCUCCCUGGGCCUGGGUGGGACCGAGUUUGUUCUCCUGGCGGUGAUGGCCUAUGACCGCUACGUGGCUGUGUGUAACCCCCUGAGAUACCCGGUCAUCAUGCAUGGAGGGUUCUGUACCAGGUUGGCCGUCACAUCCUGGCUCAGCGGCUCUGGCAACUCCCUCAUGCAGACUGCCAUCACCUUUCAGGUGCCCACGUGCACAAACAAAUGUAUUGAUCACAUAUCCUGUGAACUUCUAGCUGUGGUCAGGCUGGCCUGCGUGGACACGUCCUCCAACAAGGUGGCCAUCACGGUUUCGAGCAUUGUCCUGCUGAUGACACCUUUCUGCUUGGUUCUCGUGUCCUACAUCCAGAUCGUCUCCACCAUCCUGCAGGUGCGGUCCGCAGAGGGGAGAAAGAAAGCCUUCCACACCUGUGCCUCUCACCUCACGGUGGUUGCCCUGUGCUAUGGCAUGGCCAUUUUCACUUACAUCCAGCCACACUCCAGCCCCUCUGUCCUUCAGGAGAAGUUGAUCUCUGUCUUCUAUGCCAUCUUGAUGCCUGUGCUGAACCCCAUGAUUUACAGUCUAAGGAACAAGGACGUCAAGGGUGCCUGGCAGAAACUACUAGGGCAGUUAUCUGGAUUAACUUCAAAAUUGGCAACUCGAUGAAUCAAGAGCAUUGCCUAGAAUAAAGAAUUUUACUUUUGUGUUUUUAUACCUCACUUAGUGUACAGGCAUCAAACACAUGGUCCUGGCAACCAGGAAGGAGAUGACACCAUGUGUGCGGGUGAUAUUGAUUAGGAGG